CUCAGCCCGACCCGGGAAGGCUACCGAGGCGUCAGAGUAGCCCCCUGAAGUCCGACCGCGCCUGCUUCUCUCACCUGGGCCUGGGAAGUCGGCCACGGAAACGAAAGUAAAUGAGAAGGACCAAGGCGGCUGCUUCCAGAACACACCUUUGACAGAAGAAAAAAAUUGAUGUGCUUUGGGUACUGUAAUCAUUAAAAAAGAAACCAGCCAUGUCCUUAGGUGACAUUAAGAUGAAGUCCAGUGACUUACUGGAGAAAGAGGAUCUUGACAGUGGUGGCUUUGGAAAGGUGUCUCUGUGUUUACACAGAUCUCAUGGACUUGUAAUAUUGAAGAAGGUGUAUACAGGGCCCAAUCGCACUGAGUACAAUGAGGCUCUCCUUGAGGAAGGCAAGAUGAUGCGCAGACUGAGGCAUAGCCGAGUGGUGAAGUUACUGGGCAUCAUCAUAGAGGAAGGGAACUACUCUCUCGUGAUGGAAUACAUGGAAAAGGGCAACCUGAUGCAAGUACUCCAGGCGAAGAUCAGUAUCCCACUUUCAGUAAAAGGAAGGAUAAUCAUGGAGACCAUUGAAGGAAUGUGCUACUUACAUAGAGAAGGAAUAAUACACAAGGACUUAAAGCCUAACAAUAUCCUUGUCGAUGAUGACUUUCACAUUAAGAUAGCUGACCUUGGCGUGGCUUCCUUUAAGACAUGGAGUAAACUGACUAAAGAGGAACACAAUGAGCAGAGGAAAAUAAAUAGAAGUACCUCCAAGAAAAAUGGUGGCACCCUCUUCUACAUGGCACCCGAGCAUCUGAAUGACAUCAAUGCAAGGCCCUCGGAAAAGUCAGAUGUAUAUAGCUUUGCCAUAGUACUUUGGGCAAUAUUUGCAAAUAAGGAGCCAUAUGAAAAUGCUAUCUGUGAGGAACAGUUGAUACUGUGCAUAAAAUCUGGAAAUAGGCCAGAUGUGGAAGACAUUAUUGAAUACUGUCCCAAGGAGAUCAUUAGCCUCAUGAAUCAGUGCUGGGAAGCGAAUUCAACACUGCGACCCACAUUUGCAGGCAUUGAAAAAAUUUUUAGACCUUUUUAUUUCAAUCAAUUAGAAGAAUAUGUAGAAGAAGAUGUGAAGACUUUAAAGAAAAAGUAUCCAUGUGAAAAUGCAGUUGUGAAGAGAAUGCAGUCUCUCCAAAUUGACUGUGUAGCCUUACCUCCAAGUAGGUCAAAUUCAGCCACAGAACAGCCCAACUCGUUGCACAGUUCACAAGGCUUUGGGAUGGGUCCAGUGGAGGAAUCCUGGUUUGCUCCUGCUCCAGAGCACCAACCAGAGGAGAAUGAGCUUAGUCUGCAAAGUAAACUUCAAGAGGAAGCCAACUACCAUCUUUAUGGCAGCCGCAUGGACAGGCAGCCAAAACAGCAGCCCAAGCCAAACAUGCCUUCUAGCAGAGAAGAAGAGAGGAGACGAAGGGUCUCUCAUGACCCUUUUGCACAGCAGAAACCUUUUGAGAAUAUUCAGAGCCCAGGGAUUAAAGACUUUACUUAUCCCAAUGCAACCAGUCAUAGUAAUGUACAACAGCCAGUAGGACUAACCGGACAAAGCCCAGUACAAUACUGGAACAAUGGAUCAUAUAGUGCACUCGGUUUGGGAGCAAGGCCACUGGAUUCAGGAAUAACAAAUCCAAAAGUUUGGUUUUUGCCAAAUCCAAGUCAUAUGUCUCAUUUACUUAAAGUUCCAGUGCCUGAGUCCAACCUACUAUUAAAUACGCCCACCAUGCCAUUCAGCUCACAGCUAUCAAGAGAUGAAUCUGUGAAAUGUGCCAUAUACAAUAGCAGUGGCAUUCAGAUGGGAGAUAACAAUUAUAUGGAGAUUGGUGGAAUGACUUCAUCCCUUCUGGACAGCACUUACAUGAACUUGAAUGCAGAGCCAGAAAUUAAUUACCAAGAUAUCUUUGAUAACACCACUACGCUGACUCGUAAUCACCUGGAUCCCAUCAGGGAAAACCUGGGACGGCACUGGAAAAACUGUGCCCGCAAGCUGGCCUUCACUGACUCUCAAAUUGAUGAAAUUGAUCAUGACUAUGAGCGAGAUGGACUGAAAGAAAAGGUUUACCAGAUGCUCCAAAAAUGGCUGAUGAGGGAAGGCAGUAAGGGGGCCACAGUAGGAAAGCUAGCCUAUGCACUCUACCAGUGUUCCAGAAUAGAUCUUGUGCAUACCUUGAUCCGCAUCACCCAGAACUAACUCCAGGAGGGGCUCUAGCAGCUGGAAACAGACUCAUCCCUCAGUGAAUGAAUGACUCACCAAAAUGUGCCUUGGACGGUUUAGAAUUCUUUCCACACUAACAUGGCUUCUGUGCCAACAUAGGAAAUCACUCCUUGCAUUUUGUAGGUAGUCAAUGGGAAAUCUAAAACUACCCACAGAGCUGAAAGACCUAUCAAUAGUCCACUGGGGGGAAAAUGCCUAAUUUGAUUUUAAAAAGGAAACCAGAGAUAUUUGAAAGCCAUUUUCUUCUCAUUUGUUCUGUAGCCUUCAGUUGUGUGACUAAAUCACUUUUCUAGGGUUUUGUUUGAGCAGGAAAAAAGUUCAGAAGAGUUAAAAAAAUGCAUUUUCUUCUCCUCUACCAAAUUACAGUGAAAUUCCAAUUUGUUUUCAAAUAGUUUCUUUGGUUUAAAAACAGAGUUCAUCCCCAUAAGAUAGAGUCUAUUAAUGUCAGUAUCAAAUACUGUUUCCAUUAACUGCAGGCUUCUAGAAUUAUAUAUACAACCUCUACUCUAUAAAUUAACUGAAAGGAUUUUAAGGAGCACUAGGAAGGGGAGAAAAUAGAAAUAAAGACAUUGGAAUUUCCUAGAUAGUUGUAAAGAAUUGCUAUUAAUUGUGAAACCUACAAAACUAUCUUGAUUAAAUUUUUCAAUUCUCUCCUAUAAUUCUUAUACUUACGUAUUUUUCCAACCUUUGUGCCCUGAAGAAUGACCAUGUUUGCCAGUAAUAUUAAUCAUUUCACCCAUGCUUGGGACUAGAGAAGUUUCUUCAAUUUAUCCCAGGGUACUGUAGCAAUAUUUUAUUUUGUUCCUUCUGUUUGUGUUAUGAUGAAAGUUGGGGCUGCUCUAGAAUCUGGUUAUUUUAAUUUUCAACCAUUCAGAGCCUACCUAAAACUAAGGAAAGGAAAAACUAGAUGAUGAUACAGUUUCAUUACUGCUGAUACUUAGCUAAACAAAGAGCCUGACAAAGUCUUUACAUGUUGACUUCCAGGAGAGACAUAGGAAGAAGAGAACAUAAUCUUAUGUUUGUUGGGUUGGUAACAGUAUUGUUGAUUCUAAUUCAAAGUCUCUAGCUCCAGCAGACACAACAGAAAUAUACCUGAAGUGGGAUGCAAAUCAAAAUUUCUCAGUCUCAUCAUUGUUGACAUCUUGGGUUGGAGAAUUCUUUUUUUGGUAGGCAAGGUUUCCUGCAUUGUAGGAUGUUUGGAAAUAUCAUCCCUGGCCCAUAAAUUCUAGACUCCAAUAGUACUGUUCUCCUUUACUUCCCAUCCCCAGUUCUGACAAACAAAACGGUCUCUAAACAUUGCCACAUAUUUCCUGGAGGGCCACAGUGGGUCCAGUUGAGAAGAGCACUGCUAAGAAGUAAUGACUCUCCUUUUACCCACACUUAUCCAGACUCACCAUUUAGUUGUUACAUAGCAUUGUUUCACAUAGAACAAACAGGAAAUUGGCAGACAGGGUUCUAGGUUUUGCUUAAAUGUAUUCCUUAUACCUCUGUCCUAACUGUGUUCUGAAUUCCAAAGAAAUUGAUCCAUAUUUAAAUAUUAAAAAUGAGUUUUUAGUGGAUUUUUUAAAAUAAAAUUUUAUAUGUCAAAUAUA